UGUAUAACAUGUUUGUAUCUGUACGCGUGCACAAGUGUGUAUGAGUUUGUGUAAGAGUUCGGUUCAACCUGUUCAUUUAAAUCUGUAGCUAUUAAAUCAUUAUUGGUGAAAUUGACUCGGUUUUUCAGUUGCUUGUUUAAAGUUCAUAUCUACUUACAAACAUUAUCUUCACUUUAUAAUUCAUUUCCUUUUUCAGAUGAAAAAUAGCUUCUUGAUUAGUCUCUCUUCUUUCUCUCCCAUCCCCCUUUUUCUCCUUAUCUGUCUACCUUAUUUCUCUCUUUCCCUCAAUCUAUUUGCUCUCAUAUUUACCCAUCUUAUUAUAAUUAAGUUAGGACACAAGACACCAUGUGAUAUAUACAAUAUUUGUAUGAGUUUUUUUCGACCAUAAGGUGUUCGUAUUACUCAGAAGUUCUAUAAGGAAUGGGAUAGUGUGACAAUACGUGACGUGGGACAGGAAACUGUGACAAUUGACUUGUAUCCAUGCAUUGUUAGUUUUACUUAUUUAUUUGUUGUUUUGCUAACUGCUUUUGUUUUCUAUCGUCGUGCAACAGACAAUAAAGAAUAUCUAAUGCCCUUCCUUUAUCACUUAACCCUCUCUUAUUUGUCCCAUUUUUUCGCACAAAUAAUUUCGACUGACUACCUUCUCAUCAAAGUGGAAUGCUUAUUGUUCAUAAAAAACUGUAUCUCCAGUCGGGCUCAAAAAGUUUAUUACUGAUCAGACUACUAUUGACUGACGUUUAUGAGCAGACGAUUGACAUUAAAUCAUAAACACACCGGACAGAUGAACAUGCCGUGUACAUAUGGACAGAAUGGACAGCCAGACAGUCUUUUCACUGUACCACACGGUGAUUAUUUACUGAAAAUGAGUAACUAGACGGAUCGAGACUGACUUAUAAUAAAAAACGACACUAUAUUUCAGAAAAUGAUUUGCCUCUUCAAUUCUAAAUGCGUUCCUUUAAACGACUGGCAAACACACGUAGAAAGCUACACCCACUUUUAAUUUUUAAUAGACAAAUUAAAACUAAUUUGUCAGUUUCUAUGGACAUUCAUUACUCUCUAACCGAUCCUUAGAAUUGUACUCCGUGUGUUUCCACGCUUUCAACUAAGAUUACUUUUCAGAGUUUAUUUCUAUAUAAUAUACCUCAUUCUCUCAUCCUUCAUGAUUUUUCGCUAAUGUUGAAUAAUUAAAAUAAUCAUAUUUUUAUCAAAAUGAUUAUACGCAAGGACCUCAAAUGCCUGAUACCAUUCUCUUUUCUUCCCAUUUUCCUUUCGUGUCGUAUAUAUCCAGUAACACUUUAGAGUUGUCUCCGAUCAUAUGAAUCAAUGAACACUUUCUCUGAAUCGCGUAUACUCGCUGCGUCAUGAGGAACCUGUCAUGACAAAGCUCCCCGCUAAGAGCAACCUCUGCCGAAGAAGAGCAAGAAGAGCUCGAGAGAUCCUAUUGGCUGCUGAAGCAGGGGUAAAGAAAGACGGGGGGAAAGGGUGGUCUCUCCUCAUUCCUAACCCCCACUCAACCCCACUCACCCCCAAUGGAGAUGAGUGAGGCAAAAGAUGCCCGCGUAUAAAACGCGCGAGAUGCCUCCGUUAACGGGUAGUGUAGAGUAUAUCCACCAGUGGCCGGGCUCUCUCAGAGACUUGGCUGUCUACCUGCGUUCACGAAGAAGGACGGAAUAAGGAUGCGCUCUCUUUUGGCGUUGCUGAUGUGUUUGGGGGUUGGAAUGGCUGUGCCUCCCUCCGUGUCCUCAUCUUCAGGGGCACAGAUGAACGACGCUUCCGAUGUCCUGAUGAAGAGAGACGAUCACCACCACCACCACCAGGCGCACACGGCUCCAGCUCCUGUUAUUGACAGUUACUCCAGUUACGCGUCAGCCAGUGCUCCAGCUGCAACUGGCGGCCAUUACUACUACUACCAUCCGGUGGAGGAGGAGGUCGUGGAGGAAGACUCCAAAAAGAAAGAUUAUUGCCCAGUCGACACGGUACUAGCCCCGAUCAUCGUCAUCACCAUCUUCGCAGGAAUCUUAGCAGGCGACGCCGUUGGCUUAGUCCCAAGCGUUCGCUUCCAGCUGCCUCAGGCCACAAUCGACGCCAUAAAUGCCCUGAAACCCGAUCCCCUGGGCAUCAAGCCUGACAUCAUAGGACCCGCUAACGCCUUCAUUAUAGCCGACGGAACUGCAGGAAGGCAAAUGACGGUCGACAGUGAAAUGACGAUCGACAGUGUCGAUCUUAUUGGCAAUAUCACUCAGAUAGCUUUCGAUCAGGUGGCAGGGUUGAUGACUGAUGUCGUCGAUACCGAAGACUGUGGAUUGAGGAUCGUCUGCGAAACCGGAAAAUAUGCAGAAGGACGAAAAAAUCUCCUCGGGGUCAUGCACUUCCUUACGCCGGCGAUAUACAGAAAGAAGAUGAAAGUUUUCAAAGACUCUGCUCUCAAGAAACUGGACUGCGCGAACUUCAAGUGUGGCUACUUAGAGGGAAAUAUAAUCUAAAACAAAGGAAGGUUUGGAAUGCACACAAAGGAAGGUGGUUUCCCACAGAAAGAUCAAUUUGAAAUCGAAUUUGUAAAGCGAAGGUUUUUUGUUUUUGACUUCAGGUGAAAUGCUGUUCCAAGAUGAAAAGGAUAUUAAAUUACAGGCAAUGAGAUUCCUCAUCAUCUGAGGUUUAAUAUUUACCGUAAUAAUUCUUUUUAGAUCUAAUAUAGUAAGCCUCAUCGUCAAAUAGUGAGUAUGAGCGCAGGAUGACGAAAGCGUCCAGUCUUUCGUUAAAGUAGGAAAUCCAGGUCUGUCCAGGUUUUUCAAGCUGAUAUUUGGACGUAUCACUAUUCAUUUUCCACUUCUCUUGUAAAUUAUGUUUUAAACUAUAUUGUUAUAGAUCUAGGUUUAUCUUAUGUUAUGUAUUUAUUUAUUUAUAUAGAUAUUUAUUACUAUAGUUAACGUUUUUGACGUAGGACUUUGACUUCAACCAAAAAGGUUUUUCUCGCAAUUAUAAUGACACAGACUUUGAGACUUUAGGACAGAAUCUGUACAAAUGACAAGUCUUACUCUACUAAUGGCUCUCCCAUAGCUCUUGUGAAUUAAAUGUAUUCCUUUGUAUAGUUACGGAGAUAAAGUUAAUCACCUCAGAAUAUGUUUUCAUUUCAGAAAGAAACAAUAUUUUCUUUCCGUAAAAACAACAAUCGUUGUUUUAUCAAAGACUAUCAAACAUACAAAUGCACAAACAACUUCUGACAAUUUAAUCCGGCUAUCUUCAAAACAAACGCAUAUGUAGCGUUAAAAUAUAUAAAAAAGUAUAAAUGGGAAAACUUAGCAACUAACUAAAAAUUUGAUGUAACAAUUAUUUCCAGAAAACUUUUUACACGUCAGUUUUACAUGCAGUUAGUUAUUCGUUAGGAAUUUUUACAGUUAUGGGAUACCUGAGCCAGGGAGACUUACAACAUAGACUGACAUGCUAAAAUACAAAUAUGCAUUGUUGUUGCUUUCAUCUUUUCAUUGUUAUACUAAAUAUUUUUGUAUUGUAACUCUUGAGAAAAUAUAUAUUUAAUAAAGAUAAUGCAAUGUCA